UCUCCUGCUGUCUUGUCAAAGCCGUUUAACCCUCCAACUGGCCCUUCCGGCGGUCUCGGCAUGACCAUCCCCCCGCAGCGUCCCAGCUUUGCCCAGGGCUUGUUGAACACAAUGCCUCCCAUCAUCCCAGGCGGCAAGAUUGACCCCUCGGCUUUGGCCCCCCAUGAGUCGGAUCCGCACAACAGGAAGCUCAGGGAGGAGGAGGAGCGCCUUCGCGAGGAGCUCAAGAUCAAGCAGGACAGGCUCAGGAAGAGUUUGAUAAUCUGGGAUCGCCUCGAGAGGGAGGCCAAAGCUUUUGAGCUCAAGAGUGACUUGAGCGAGCGCAGCUUGAAGAACAUUGCUGGCGAGGGCGUUGGGGGUGCUGCUUUCUGA